AACAUGUCUGUUCCAUCCUGGCCUCCCUUCUGCGAAACCUGAGAGGGCAGCAGAGGACGCGGUUGCUGAAUAAAUUCACGGAGAACGACAGCGAGAAGGUUGAUCGGCUGAUGGAACUGUAUUUUAAGUACCUGGAUGCGAUGCAGGCGGCUGAUAAGAAGAUCGAUGGAGAGAAACAUGACAUGGUGCGUCGAGGAGAGAUAAUAGACGAUGACAUGGAAGACGAAUUCUAUCUCCGUCGCCUGGAUGCCGGUCUCUUCGUUCUGCAGCUCAUUUGUUACAUCAUGGCAGAGAUCUGCAAUGCCAACGUUCCCCAGAUCCGUCAGAGAGUCCAUCAGAUUCUGAACAUGAGAGGCAGCUCCAUUAAAAUCGUUCGACACAUCCUAAAGGAGUACGCGGAGAACAUCGGGGACGGGAAGAACCAGGAGUUCCGGGAGAGUGAGCAGAAGCGGAUCCUGGACCUGCUGGAGAACUUCUGAGGACUCGGGGGAUGAAUUCUGUGUCUGCCGCGAGGAUACGGCGUCUGGUUCUCCUCCUGCUGCCCUCCUCCAGCCUCGACUGCAUGAUAAAAAUGACGUUUCUGUGAAACUGCUUCUAACUGGGAUUUUGGAGAUAUUAAAGCUGGUUUGCUUUUUUAAC